AUGCACGCACCACCCGCUCGGCACCCCACCCGCUCGCCCUCGCUCUCGGCGGGCGCCUCCUCCCUCACCGCCUUCUCCGCCAAGCGCUGUCGAACGACCCGCAGCACCGUCGCCUCGCCGCUCGCCUGGGCCACAUGGGCCACCGCAGCAGCACUCACCAGCGCACAGCAGCAGCCCCAGCCCACCCCGUGCUUCCGCUGGAGCGGCCAGAUGGCCGUCGCCAACGCCGCCGGCACCUCGUCGUCCAACGGCUCGUCGUCCGCCUCGACCCUGUGGUACUACGGCGGCCAGUCCAAGCUCGAGUCGAGCCAGACGUCCGACUGGUGGACCAACGCGCUCGUCGCUCUUCCUCUCGACCAAGACUGGGCGACUGGCACGCCGCCGCUCAAGCUCGUCGAGGGCGACGAGGUCGGCAAUGCCGCCGAGGGCCAACCCGCGAUCGUGCCCGACCAAGGAACAUAUGGCGACAACGUGGCGUACUACAGCUACGGCCACCUCGACGACCACACGACCGAGGGCUGGUCAAAUCAAGUCGCUCGACUGUUCCUCAACUCGAUGAUCAAGUUCGACCUCGGCUCUUCGACAUUUUCCAAUAUCUCGUCGUACUCGUCCGACGCCGUCACGUCCAACUCGUCGACGCCCGAGAGCAACCCGCUCUCUCGCGCCGACGGCUCGCUCACCUACGUCCCGAACCUCGGCACCGACGGCAAGGGCAUCCUCGUCUCGAUCGGCGGCGCCACCCAGACGCAGUACGUCGAGGACGGCUCGACGCUUGACGUGUUCGACAUUGGGCGCUCCGGCUGGACCAAGCAGAGCACGCUCGGCGCUCGGUUCGGCUCUCGCAUCAACCACUGCGCCGUGCGUGGCAGCGCCAAGGUGCACGGCAAGCAGACGCACAACAUCAUCAUCUAUGGCGGUCAGCGCCUCAACCAGACGGAUCGGGACUCGCGCAUCUACGUCCUCACGAUCGCCGACGACAAGUACACGUGGACAGACGUCGGCGAACUGCCCGGCGCACCUACCGGUCGAGCAGGGCACCAGUGCGCGAUCUCGGGCGACCAGCUCAUCGUCGUCGGGGGCUUGACGAGGGACGACGUGCUGUGUGAGCAGCCGGGCAUCUUUGUCCUCAACACGUCCUCGAUGACCUGGGCGAGCGAGUACAAGGCCAACUCGAUCUUCUCGACGCCUGCCAUCGUCGCCAACAUCACGGGCGGCAUCGGGACCGGGUACAGCACGUCGGGCGCGGGCUCGGCGACCGGCGGCGACGGCUCGGACGAUCCCGACACGUCGGGCUCGACCGACGAGACGUCGACGGGCCCUGGCGGCGCAGCAGGAGGUGGCACCGGCGGCGGAGGAGGGAGCGGGUCCAACCUCGGCGCCAUCGUCGGCGGCGUCGUCGGCGGCAUCGCCGCGCUCGCCCUCCUUGGCCUCGCGUGGUUCUUCCUCGUCUACCGCAAGAAGAAGAGCGAGCGCGAGGCGGCCGAGCACGAGAAGGCGCUCAUCGCCGCCAACGCGGCGACGGGCCGCAGCGACUCGGGCAGCUCGCAAAGUCACUUGUUCGCGGGGGAAAAGUUUGGACCGCGCGAGUCGUACAGUUCGACAACCUACCCGCCCUGGGACCGCCGAGGCAGCAGCUCUGUCGGGCACGCCGGCCCAGCACCCGACGACGUCGAGGAAACAACUCGCGGCUUCGACACGUUCAUCUCGACCGGGCUCGCCCCGAAGCGCGAGCUCAGGGUCGUCAACGCCGAUGACGACUAGUUCUCGUCGCUCAUGUCUAUAUCGUCUUCCCCCCUCCCCCUCCCCUCCUGUACUCGGCUGUCGCUGGUCGAUACCCUCCUCCUGUUAGCCUCCUUAAUCUUCUCCUCGCCGUAGACACUUGUCCUUCUCGUGCACUUGACGGAUCGCCUCGACU